AUGGCACAAGAACAGAUGCUGGCGGCCUGUCAGUCGAGCAACCUACACCAACCAAGGUUUCAGGAAGCCCACUGUGCUUGGACCAUCCUGUCAGCUAUUUCGGCACGAGCGCUUUUCUAGAGAUAAAAUGAAAGUGUCAUGGUUCCAGCCGGCAUAGCUUCCAGUUUGAAAGUGGAAAUGAACAAUCCCAACCAUUUGGUUUAAACUCGAAACUUUUGUUCCGUCUGUCGGGAUGGCUCAUCCAAUGUUCCCUCUCCUAGAGACCUUCUACGACUCCAAGCACCGCGCUCACGUACUAGCUGACGAGGGGGAAGUGCUGUAGCCCCUACGUGCGCGUACUCACUCGCCUCUCCGGUGGGAUGAGCGGUACGCGCCGUACCUUCGCUGGGCUGGGUUGCUGCCUCUGGCUCGAGUUGUGUGUGCUGGUCUGCCAGUGAUGGAUGCACCGCUUCUGACUGCUUUUGUUGACCGUUGGAAGCCGGAAACACAAACCUUCCAUUUGCAUUGCGGUGAAGUCUCCAUCACUCUACAAGAUGUGGCAAUGAUUCUUGGGCUGCCUCUGGAGGGAAAUGCAGUCACUGACAUCAUAUAGAGUGAGGGAUGGAGAGAUAUGGUUGAGCAGCUGAUUGGGGUUCGUCCACCAGAACCGCCAGAGGGAGUCAAUGAUAGGAAGACCUCAGGGGUGAGCUCGGCUUGGCUCAAGCAGAAUUUCAACCAUUGCCCCCAAGGAGCACCUGGGGAAUUGGUAGAGGGCCAUGCACGUGUUUGGUUGUGGCACCUCUUUGGAGGCUUCUUGUUUCCUGAUGGUUCAGGCAACACUAUAUCAUGGAUGGUCCUUCCUAUUCUUGGUCAGCAGUGGGAAAACAUUACACAGUAUAGCUGGGGGUCGGCCACACUUGCUUGGUUGUAUCGACAACUUUGUGACGCAUGUCGGUGGGUUGCUAGCGACUCGAACCUAGGAGGGUGUGCAUACUUAUUGCAAAUUUGGAUUUGGGAAAGGUUUCCAGUAGGUCGGCCCUACCGUGGAGAACUAGAGCCUUGGCCGCACCAUGACGAGCAAUCGAGGCUGACAGUUGCUUAUUGCUGGAAGAACGUGGGAGCUGUUAGAGGGGACCCUGCGCACCGCUACAUGCACUACAUGGAUGACCUUGACUGUCUCACGCAAAAUCAGAUCUUUUGGACACCGUAUGACAGAGACGAGCUCGAGCAGUUGGGCCUCAGCGACUUGUGCACACGAGAUGAGGAAUUAUGGAGGAGUAUUGUUCCUUUGAUUUACUUCUUCACCAUCGAGCUCCACCAGCCCCACCGCGUGAAGAGACAGUUCGGUAGACUGCAAUACUUCCCCCCUGAAGCUAUUUCGACCUCGCAAACUUUGCACAGGAUUGACAGGAAGAAAAGAUACGCUAAAAAUGACUGGCGUGUGAAACACGCGGUUCCUCUUGGACAGUGGGAGCAAAGGCAAAGGAUGAACCCUGACUCUGGUCCGGCGCAUAGGCACAAUCAUUACAAGGAGUAUCUUCGUUGGCUACAUUCAGUGUCAAGAGUUUCAAUAAAACCUCCUCGGUCCACUGAACCUAUAGAGGAUCGCGAGGACACAGACGACGAAGAUGACAUCGUGGACGAGUAUGAUGAAAUCACUCGCGCAGGAGUUCAGCCCGAGAGGGCCCCUUUGCAGAACUACAUGGCACAACAACUCGGCCGCCUAGCUAACGAGGCCGGUGUCGCAAUGGCACAUGCAAGCCAAGGAGGAAAUGGAGGGGGACACCUACGAGCGUUUGCCGAGAGGGUCCGCCGGAGUUGCAAGCGGAUGGCCGCAAAGCUAAAUUGCAUGGCUGCGCCGGACCAGGCUUUCGCACCUGGGGCACAUGUUCCUGGAGGUUCUAGUGCGCAUCACACCUCUUCGACCACAAGGACUCCAGUUCACUACGGCGCGGCGACGGCUAGAACUCCUUCGCGUUCGACAUCGAGAACGAGCUCACGUGCCGCUUCUAGGGGAAAAGCUGUACAAGAGCCACAUGACACGGACGAGUCCGACACGCAAAGCGACUCAAGAGAUGAAGACCCGGACUUUGAGGUUCUUCGGAUGUCACAGAUGUUCGACGCUCAUCCUGCCACGCAGACUCAGGGCGAAUCCAGCCAGGCCAUGCAGACUUCGCACCCUCGACAUCAUCCACGUGACCGUUCCGAUGUUGGUAGCGUCAAUGUGUUGCCUACGGAGCCUGGACGAGCACGGAGGCACAACGACCCCUUCAGCCCACAGGAGCAACGUCAUCGCCGCUGUUAGAUGCUGUAGAUGAAGGAGUAGCGACACCUUGUGUGCGUGUAUCAUUUGUGUUGACCUUGUCCAAACCUAGAUACUUAUUUUUGUGUGUCA